GCUUGCACUCUCUCUCUCUCUCUCUCUCUCUUCUUCUUCUUUGGAAAGAAAAAGUUUUGAAUUACGAUAGAGUUAUCCAAGAAUAAGAGGGAAGAGGGAGGGAGGCAGGCAUGGCUGCGACCUCCUCCUCUGCUUCAUAUAGCUCCUUUGGCGACGUCUCCGUCAAGUCAACGGGGCCAUGCAUCAAGUUCCUGUGCAGCUACGGUGGCAAGAUACUCCCUCGUUACCCCGACGGCAAGCUCCGGUACGUAGGCGGCUACACCCGCGUCGUCGCCGUCGGCAGAUCCAUCUCUUUCUCAGAGCUGCAGGUGAAGCUGAGGGAGCUGUGCGGGUGGGGCGGCACGGUGAGCCUCCGGUGCCAGCUUCCGACCGAGGACCUCGACACCCUGGUCUCUGUCACCUCCGACGACGACCUAGCCGAUCUCGUCGAAGAGUACGACGUCGCGAGCCGAGACCGGCCUUCCCCUCUCAAGAUCCGAGCCUUCCUCCUCCUCCUCCUCCAAAACCAGUCCCACCAUCCCUCAGAACCGACUGCGUCAGCCAUGUCUUCGUGCACACGGGCUGGGAUCUUCGCCUCCACGGCCAUGGCAGCCCACGAGCAUCAAACUGUGUCGUGCGUCACGUCAGCCGCUUGCUGCCGCUGUCAUUCGGGGAAGAAGGAAGAACACAUCAAGAUUGAUGCAAACGAGAAGAGAUUUCUCAUUACUGAUGAUUGAAGCAAAGACAGAAGCCAUCCAUAAAAAGAUGCCACAGUUACUGACCAUUGUGGAUUGAGAAAAAGAAAUAGUAUCUUUUAAGUUCAAUCUCCCUCCGUAUUUAACUUGAACACAUUUUUUAAUGGGCUUGCCAAAUGAUAAAAGCUCAGGAUAGUAAACGCUAUGAAGAUUGAUGUACUUCUUCAUGAGCAUGAUCUCAAUAUCAUUGCAGAUCAAAGAAGUAUAUGAUUAUUGUUGAUAUGGCCAUAUUUAGUUCUACAUUAAUUGUUGAUUGGAGAGUCAAGACUUAAUAAAGGGCCAAAAAUUAAAAUUGUGUAAUGUUUACUUAGAAUGAAUUAUUUUUAUUAUUUUAGUUAA